GGCAACUUCUCACGGGCGGCGGCGGCGGUGUGCUGGCGGCGGCGGCGGCGGCGGCGGGGGUUGUCCAAGUGGCCCUCAGUCUGUGCUGGGACGCUCGGGAAGCUGUACGUCGCUGGCGCCUCUCUCUCUCCGCGAUAGCCUUGCUUCUGAGACCCUCUUGGAGAGUGCCGCCGCCGCCGCCCGACGCCACCCAGCCACCAGCUUGCUUCCUGGCGCUCCACCAGCCGCCGACUGACUGACUGCUGAUCGCUUCUCUCUCUAAACCAAAGCAAAAACAAUAAUAGGCCGUCCUGGACCCAGCCAACGCCUCCCUGUGGUUGACCGCUUGUUCUCCUCCUCCUCCUUCUCCUCCUCUUCUUCCUUCUACUUCGCCUCCUCCUCACUCUGUCUGUGUCCCGACGCCCCGAGGCUUUCCUGCGCUGCUUUAUGUGCGUGUGCGUGUGAGCGUCGCGGGUGAUGUGGACCUAGUCGACGGCCGACCCUCGCCACCACCUCCACCUUCUCCUCCACCGCCCCUCCGACGCCGCCUCCGCCGCCUGCCUCACGAAGCCGCCGCCACCGCCGCCGCCGCCGCCGCCCCGCCCCGUGCCCUCCGUUGAGAGAUUGUUGAAGGCGAGGUGAGGCUCCCGCAGGAGUCUCGAGCACCGGCCAGCUGGAUCCUUCGGCCGCCGCCGCCGCCGCCGCGCACAGCGCCCCCCUACAGUGCCAUGGUGAGCCCAGGGGUGCCCAACAUGGCCAUGGUCAACGUGAACAACUUCCUCAACGUGAAGGACUCCCGCUGGCUGCAGCUGGAGGUCUGCCGCGAGUUUCAGAGGAACAAGUGCACCCGGCCAGACACUGAGUGCAAGUUCGCCCACCCUCCGCCCAACGUCGAGGUCCAGAACGGCCGCGUCACCGCCUGCUACGACUCCAUCAAGGGUCGAUGUAACCGCGAGAAGCCACCGUGCAAGUAUUUCCACCCUCCACAGCAUCUCAAGGAUCAGCUUCUAAUCAACGGUCGGAACCACCUGGCUCUCAAGAAUGCUAUUAUGACCCAGAUACAAGGUCUUAGUCCCGGCACCCCAGUUGUACCUGGCACUAUACCCCUUAUCCAGCCUCCCCACCUCGCUCCCACCAGCCCACUCCGGCCGCCCACCCUUGGUCUAAGCUCACAUGAGGCGUGUUGUGUCAUGAUGGGUCAGCAUAACUCCGCGCCUUACCUCCCCGGCAUCCCCACCAUGAGCAACUUCAAUCCCUACAUCGCCUCCUCCCCCGUUAUGACGAUGGGCGUGACUGAUGGGGCAGUGGCCUCCCCCAUCACUGGCGUAGUCCCCCAGCAAGCCGUCGUGCCUGCCCAGAAGGUGCCAAGGACUGAUCGACUAGAGGUGUGUCGAGAGUUUCAGCGCGGGGCGUGCAAGCGACCUGAAGUUGAGUGCCGGUUCGCGCACCCCGACCAUGUGUGCACGAGUGACGAAGGCACAGUCACAGUUUGCAUGGACGCUGUCAAGAGCCGCUGCUCCCGAGAACCCUGUCGCUACUUCCACCCUCCCCCGCACCUGCAGGCACAGCUCAGGGCCAGCCAGGGCCGCGUCGCACAUCACCAGGCCGUGCCCGGGGCUGCUGUCGCGGCCGCGGCCGCCGCUGUGCCCCUGGCGCCGCCCCCACCGCUGCCCGCCGCAGCCGCUGCUGCUGCCGCCGAGCUGGGCAAGAAGCGCGGCCGCGACCCCGGUGACGAGCUCCUCAUGGCGUUCCCUGGGAUGGGCGUCCCCUACAAGCGUCCCGCCGGGGAGAAGUCCGGCAUGCCAGUGUACCAGCCGACGGGCAGCGCCGCCUACCAGCAGGCCCUCAUGCAGCAGCUCAGCGGCCAGAGCUUUGUGCCCGUGUCAUGUGAGUAUGGCGGGGGAGUGGCCCUGCCAGGGCCGGGGGGCCAGGUCGAGGGCCACGACACCACCACCUCCACCACCACCUCCACCGCCGCUAACAACCACCACGCUGCUGCUUCCUCCGCGCAACCCCCCACCACCUCCUCCCCCACCCCCACCACCACCACCACCAGCUCCCCCCCUUCCUCCAGCAAGGCCCUUCACUCCUCCUCCUCUUCCUCCUCCUCCUCCUCCUCUGUGGGCGGGGGGGAGCUGGUCCCGGCCUCCCCUGUGGCCCUGGGCACCCAGCAGCCGGUCAAUGUCUUCUACACAGGCUAUGCCCUCAGCAAGGGCCUGCGCCCCCAGCUGAGGGCCCCUGCCAGCCACCAUGGCUCUGCCAUCAUGGCCCCCAUGGCCCACCCAAUGACUGCCAUGGGCUUUGCCCCGCCAGGUCUGCCAUCCAGCACCCUGCCAAGCUUCAGUCCCAGCAUGGGCACCCCCAUCACCAGCCUGAGCAUGCCGCCCUUUGUGAGCAGCAGCCAGCAGCUGAUGACCCCUGCCAUGACCACCAACCCGCUGGCAGCGGCAAGCAUGGGCAUGGGGCUGGGCGGGGCAAUGCACCCCAGCCUGGGGGGCCUCACUGCUGGCAUAUCCCCCAGCAUUAGCGGCAUGACCGGCAUGACCAGCCUGGGCGCCCUGGGGGCCGGGAUGCCACUGGUGAUGCCCCAGACCCACAUGUCCUCCCUGUACCCCUCCCCGUACACCAGUAACACCGCCUUUGCCCAGGGUGGGGAGCAGCCCAGCAAGAGGCUGAAAACUUCCUAAGCGUGUGUGUGCAUGUGGGUGGUGCGGCCGCGUCCUCCCUCGCUCCACACGGCGACGCCAGCUCUAGUGGACUCUAGUCACGCCACUACUAACAUCUACUAGUGUCGCUCUAGGACACAGUAACUCACUAACUGGCCCUCUUGAGAUCGCUGACGCAGCACGUGUACUGUUGUUGUACCUCCCUGUUGGCGUCCUUGUUUGUCGAGGUUUUACACUUAAUGAUUUUUAGCCUUGGUAAAGUAUUUGAGACACAAUAGUCGUCCAUCAUAACUGAGACUCCCCAAGUCUUUUUAUUUGCUUUUAAUUGACACGGCAGAGCAGACUUGCUGCAUGUGCGCUGGUAACCGGGGGUGACGCCUGCAUGGUACCCACUACCCAGCUCCACCGUGUUUGUGACAUGUGAUGCACGGAGACCGCACCCCCCGCCCCACCCCGCCCCAGCCCUCCCUGCCAUGGCAGGAGGGCCGGGGCAGGGCACCAUGGAGGGGGAGACGAGGUGGUUUCAAAAGUAGUCAGUACCAUCAUGGGGUCAGGGGGUUAUGUCACACUUACCUCCUUAGCUUUCCUUCCCUGCUUGCCCCCAUAACCCCCUGCUUGCCCCAACAGUUCACCCCUUCACUUGCUCUCUCCACAGCCCCUCCCCCUCCUGGGUGCCCCACAACACCCUCCCUCCUUGUGGAUCCACGACAUACAUCCCUGCCCCCCCUGCCCACUCCCCAGCCCCACCCACCCCUGUACUGCCCACCUCAACCCACCCACCACCCAAGUUAGGGUCCUUCGCCCAUUUGCUUAUUGUACCAGCCCCACCCCUCCCAUUCCCCGUCCCUCACCACCCCUUGUGUCACUCCUGUGUGUUGCCCCAGUCCCCCUGGAAGGCCGGGUCACUGCUGUACUGCCCCCCCUCCCCACACCCGGCCACUUGCCCGUCCUAUCUGCACUGCAAAGACUCCAGUGAAGUUGUUUUCUAUCCGUGCCGCCCCACCCUGCCGGCCGUCCCGCCCCGCCGCCCCGCGCCACCACUCACUGCAAAAUCUGGCUUGGCCGACGGUUACUGUGGAUUUCAUUUGCAUGUUGAGCUUCAGGAAGAGAGGGAGCGCAGCGGGGCGGGGCGGGGCGGGGCGGGCGGGGCAGGGCAGGGUGGGUGCCGUCUCCGUGUAGUCCCAGCAUUCCCAGUACUAUUGUAGCACUACCGUGCCAUGCUCACGUCCCAACUUGAUGUGAUGGUAACUCUAGGUAUGGGUCGUGUUGAUGUGCCUGUGUAAUGCUUCCCUCUGGUAGCGGCCCGCUGGCGCCGCCACGCCCGGCCUCACCACACAUCUGCUCUGUCAGACAUCAUCAGUUUUUGUUGGACUGCUCUCAUCUUUUGUCUUUUAUGUAAUCCUAUUGAUUCUGUUUUUAUCAUUAUUAUAUUUGCUAGCUUUUAGUGCUUCUCCAACAUUGGUCUGGGUAUCCAGUAUGUGUACCAUCUGCCUGUGUACUUCGGUCCUUUAACUGAUACAGAAAUACUGGCCUAUGUAUAAGGAUAUUUUUAAAAAUAAUAAGUCUGUAGAAUGCAUGA